UGAGCUCCCAUGUACAACCUUCUCCUUAUUAGCAAGUAUUAGAGAUGGCUAACAGAGGACCAAGCUAUGGCUUAAGCCGAGAAGUUCAGGAAAAGAUUGAACAGAAAUAUGACCCGGAAUUAGAGUCUAGGCUGGUGAACUGGAUUAUUGUACAAUGUGGAGAACAGAUAGAGCACCCUCCUCCUGGAAGGCAACAUUUUCAGACCUGGUUGAUGGAUGGAACGCUGUUGUGCAAGUUAAUAAACAGUUUACAUCCAAAGGGAAAUGAGCCCAUUGCAAAGAUCUCUGAAUCAAAAAUGGCUUUCAAGCAGAUGGAACAAAUUUCUCAGUUCUUAAAAGCUGCUGAAAUCUACGGAGUAAGAACAACAGAUAUUUUCCAGACAGUGGAUUUAUGGGAAGGGAAGGACAUGGCAGCAGUGCAGAGAACCUUAAUGGCUCUAGGCAGUUUGGCAGUCACCAAGGACGACGGCUGCUACAAAGGGGAUCCAUCCUGGUUUCACAGGAAAGCACAGCAGAAUCGACGAGGGUUUUCAGAAGAGCAGCUUCGUCAGGGACAGAACGUAAUAGGCCUUCAGAUGGGCAGCAACAAAGGAGCAUCACAGUCGGGCAUGACAGGCUAUGGAAUGCCAAGGCAGAUUAUCUAAAAGCAUCUCUGUCUGUAGAGAAAACACUCCUUCUGCAGCAUGGUCUGGUAAAAAAACCAAACAAACAAAAAGAAGAAAAAAAAAGUGAAAAGAAAAAAAAGCUCAUUAGUUUCUUUUCUGCCUGGUUUUUAAUAGUUAGUGCUCUCUAAGGUUUGAGCUAUUUUUGGUUUGGUUGUUUGUUUCAUUUGCAGCUGCAAGAGUUCCUCUAGGAGCUUGGGUUUUCGUGGUGGUGUGUGUCAGUUCACAGCACGUGCGCACUGCUGCCUCCUACUUUUCACUUCUGAACUAUGCAAAGACAAUUAUUCUCUAUUAAUUUAUUUGCAAAGUGUUAUCUUCCGUAUUUGUCUCACACCGCACUUGUAC